ACCAGCCUGCGCUGCCCGGCGGCCUCCUCGCCGCCUGAUCCUGCGUGCGCGCAGCCCUCAGCGAGGGCGAGGGAGCUUCUGCGGCGCCUGGGCCGCCCCCAACCAUGGUGUGGGUCAGCCGGGUCCUCCUCAGGCAGUAUGGCAGAUUUAUGGAUGACCUCAGAAUCUAUGUGAGAGGCGGAAGUGGAGGAAUGGGCUUUCCUCGAUUAGGUGGGGAAGGAGGAAAGGGCGGAGAUGUCUGGUUGGUAGCUCAAGAAAAACUUACUUUGAAGAAAAUUAAAGAUCGAUAUCCAAAGAAACGGUUUGUGGCAGGAACAGGAUCCAACAGUAGUAUUGUUGCAUUGAAAGGUGCUAAGGGAAAAGACUGUGAAGUAAUGGUGCCUACAGGAAUAUCAGUUGUUAGAGAUGAUGGAGAAGUGCUUGGAGAACUUAACAAAGCAGGAGAGAGAUUGCUUGUGGCACGUGGGGGUAUUGGUGGAUGUCUGGCUACAAAUUUCUUGCCCUCCAAAGGUCAAAAUCAAAUGAUUCAUCUUGAUUUAAAACUUAUAGCAGAUGUUGGCUUAGUUGGGUUUCCAAAUGCAGGAAAAUCCUCUUUGCUAACCAAGAUUUCACAUGCCACACCGCAGAUUGCAGACUAUGCAUUCACAACAAUAAAACCUGAACUUGGUACCAUUAAGUAUGCUGAUUUCAAGCAGAUAACAGUUGCUGAUCUUCCAGGAUUGAUUGAAGGAGCACAUGCUAAUAAAGGAAGAGGCCACAGCUUCUUGAAGCAUGUGGAAAGAACAAAUCAGCUUCUAUUUGUUGUUGAUGUAUCUGGGUUUCAGCUUGCUUCUACAAUGCCAUUCAGAACAGCCUUUGAAACUGUAAUCCUACUAGCAAAGGAACUGGAACUAUAUAAAGAAGAACUUCGAACGAAACCUGCAAUUCUUGCUGUUAAUAAAAUGGAUUUGCCCAAUGCACAAGAAAAACUGGAUGAGUUUAUGGAACAAUUACAGAAUCCUUGCGAUUAUAUGCAGUCACUUCCAACAGGUAUGAUUCCAGAAAACCCUGUCAAGUUCAAAGAGAUUGUCCCCAUAUCAACAUAUAGUGGUGAAGGAAUUGAAAAAAUAAUUAUGUGUAUAAGAAAAGUGCUAGAUGAAGAAGCUGAGAAGAAGAUUGAAGAUUAUCAGAGGAAACAAAUUCAUUCAUUGCAUUUGUCAGAAAGCUCUUAAUUCCUUACACUUGAAAGCUGUUGCCUGAUGAUUAAGAGAUCUUUGCAGGCCUCUAAAUGCAACUGAAUUUGUGACUUACUCUCUUUCUUGCCAACCUUUUUAAAAGCAAAAAAGCAUGUUGUUCUCUAGUUUCUGUAAAAUAAAAUUAUAUUAUGAUUUUUAUUAAA